AUGGCCAACAUAUCACAUUCAGAGUCGAGUCGCAUGUAUUCUUGGUGGUGGGACAGCCACAACACACCGAAGAACUCAAAAUGGCUUCAAGAUAAUCUUACAGAUAUCGAUGGUAAAGUCAAAUCUAUGAUAAAGCUAAUUGAAGAAGAUGCGGACUCGUUUGCUAGACGGGCAGAGAUGUACUACAAGAAACGUCCUGAAUUAAUGAAACUGGUGGAAGAGUUCUACCGAGCCUAUCGUGCACUAGCCGAAAGGUAUAAUCAUGCGACUGGCGAGCUCAGGCAUGCCCAGCAAACCAUGGCAAAAGCAUUUCCCAAUGAAGCAGUGACUUUUGAACUUGUUGAAGACAAUUCAUCUUCUUUUGCUCCAGGCCCUCCUCAAAUAACACUUCCUGCACAUGCAUUAUUCAAUCAGAAUCUUGAAGAUAAGGUUCUUAACGAGAUGGAGAAAGCGAAAAAAGCUGAAAAUGAGGUUGAAUGCCUAAAGAAAGCACUUGCAGAUAUGAAAACUGAAACGGAAGAUGUUAACAGCAAGUAUAAAAAGUGUCUUGAGAAGUUAUCUGAGGUUGAGAAUGAGUUGAAUAACGCGCAAAAUGACUCGAAUGGGCUCGGCGAGAAAGCCAGUCGAGCUGAAAUCGAGGUCCAAACUCUGAAGGAAGCACUUGUACAGUUCGAAGUCGAGAAAAUCGCUCAGUUGAUCAAACAAAAUGAUUAUUUGGAGCAAAUCUCUCGUCUCGAGGCUAUGGCUUCUCGAUAUCAAGACGAAAUGAAGGGACUUGACAGCCGAGCGUGCGAAGCAGAAGGUGAAGCUCGAAAAUUGAAAGAUGAAAUUUCGAGAUUGGAGGUGGAAAGGGAAACGGCGGUUCGUCAGUACAAGCAGCGUCUUAAGAAAAUAUCGGAUGUAGAAAAAACAAUAUCGAGUAAUGAAAACGAAGCCGCAUUGCUUAAGCAGCAAGCGGAAAAAACUGAAAAUGAAGUAUUUGAACUGAAAAGGGCUUUUGCCAAUUUGAACCAGGAGAAAGAGGAUAUGGCUCUCGAGUACAAGCAGUGCUUGGAGAAAAUAUCCAAUCUCAAGAAAGAUUUAUCCACUGCAAAAACCAGCAUCGAACGGCUUAAUAAUGAAGUCCUGUCAGGAAAAGAGAGGUUAAAAACCGCCGAAAACAAGUGUGCAUUCGUGGAGACAUCUAAUAAAUCUUUACGGGUCGAGGCUGAUCUUUUGGUGAAGAAAAUUGCGAUUAAAGAUCAAGAACUCGUGAGAAAGCAGGAAGAGUUGUACAAACUCGAGUUGUGUCUGAAAAACGAGCACUUUCGGCAUGUGCAAGUCGAGGCCACUCUGGAGAGUCUUCAGAAUUUGCACUCACGAUCUCAAGACGAUCAGAAGGCUCUAGUCUCGGAGCUUAAUAACGUGGUUCAAAUGCUAAAAGAUGUAAAAGCUUGCAAAAAUGGAUUGGAAGUGGAAAUUGAGAAGAUUAGAGAUGAAAGUUGCAGUUUGAGCCAAACUAUUGAUUCUUCAUCUAUUUCAGUGGAGAACAUGCAGAGUGAAAUACGUGGAUUAAAAGAGAUUAGGGGGAGAUUUGAAAAUGAAGUGUCACGCUACGUGGAGGUAACUCUUUCUCUUCAGGAGGAGAUUUUGUGCUUGAAACAGGAAAUUGUGGGGUUGAACCAAAGCUACCGAGAAGUAGUCGAGCAAGUCGAAGCAAAUGGUUUGAACCCGAAAUGUGUUGAGGAUUCAAUUAAGAGCUUGCGUGAUGAAAACACGACACUUAGACAAAAAUGUGAGCAGGAAAAUAUCGAGAAAGCACUUAUUUCUAAGAAGUUGGAGGAAAUCGAAGAGAAUUUAAAGAAAAACGUGAUUUUCGAAAGCGCCCUAUCGGAUUUGAAUGCUGAGCUGGCAGUCGCGCGUGGGAAGGUGAAGGAAUUGCAAGAAUCGAGUGACCUUCUACGGGGAGAAAAUUCCAAUCUUUUUGCCGAGAAGGGUUCUAUUAUGUCUCAGCUGCAUGCUAUGACUGAGAACAUGCAGAAUUUAUUGGGUAGAAAUGCUGUUUUGGAGGAUUCACUGUCCUUGGCAAAAAUAGAGCUUCAAGGUUUGAGGGAAAAGUCGAAGGCAAUUGAACAAAUAUGCCAACUUCUUAAGAACGAAAGGUCUAUCCUUCUUUCUGAAAGGGAUGCCUUAGUCUUGAAGUUGGAAAAUGUUGAGCAAAAGUUGAAGUGCCUCGAGAAUCAGUUUACGGGUCUGGAAAUAAACUACGCCAAUAUCGAGAGGGAAAAGGAAGCCAUGCACUGUCAAGUUGAGAAACUUGAGGUUUCUUUAUCUGAGGAAAAGCAAGAAAGAAAAUGCUCUCAGCUCAAAAGUGAGAUGAGAUUGGCUGGGCUCGAAAACAUUGUCCAUCUCUUGCAGGAGGAGAAUAGAUGGAAAAAGAAAGAAUCCGAGGAAGAAUUAGAAAAAUCAUUACAAGCACAAUUUGAGAUUUCCAUCUUGCACAAAUUUUUACAAGAUAUGGAGGACAAAAACUGUGCUCUCAUUAUUGAGUGUCAAAAGCACGUAGAGGCAUCGAAAUUGGCAGAGAAAUUGAUAUCCGAGCUCGAGGGAGAAAGUCUCGAGCAGCAGAUGGAAGCUGAGCUCCUAUUGGAAGAGAUCCAGAGAUUGAGAUUGGGCAUAUAUCGAAUUUUCAAAAGCUUGGAAAGCAGUCCUGACUGUGUUGUUGAGGACAGUGUGGUCCAAAAUGAACAAACUUUUAUGCAUCAUAUUUUGGGCAGCAUUGAAGAUUUAAAAAGAUGUGUUUCCAUAAAUGAGGAGGAAAAGCAGCAGCUUCUAGUCGAGAAUUCGGUUCUACUAGCUCUACUCGAGCAGUUGGAGACGAAGGGUAGUGAAAUCGAGUCGCAGAAGGUACUUCUAGAUUGUGAGUCGAAAUUAACGGCCCAGAAAAUUGAAUCUGCCGAAAAAGAAAAAGAAGAGCUUCUAGAGAUGAACAAGCUGUUAAAAGCCGAUGUGGCUGGAGGUCUUGAAGAAGCUUCCAUCUUUCAGGCUGAGUUGGAGAGUCUUUGUCUUAAACAAGCUGAUUUGCAGAAAUCUUACAAUUUGUUACAAGAUUCAUAUUCUCGAGUGAAUGAGGAAAAUACGCAUUUGCUGAAGAAAAUUUGUGAACUGAAAGAGGAGAAGUUUCGGGUCGAUCAGCAAAAUGAAGCGAUUCUUCUGGAGCUCAUAGCCGCUGAUAAUGAAACCAGAUUUUUAAGGAGUUUCAGGAGAGAGAAAAUUGUCGAAAUGAAAUCAAUUCUUGAAGAUCUGAAAAGGCAACAUGAUGCCAGCACGAGUCUUGAAGAGGAAAUGAAUGCCUUGAGAGAGAAACUAGAGUUGCAAGAGGCUGAAAAUUUAGUCCUUAAAGACGUAAUCUGUGAAUUGGAGAGAGAGACUCGAGAAAUCAAGGAAUGUAAUGUAAAUAUGAAUGAAGAAAUAAUAAACGGCAAAGAGAGUUUAAGACAUACUGAAGCAAAGCUAUUGGAUACAGAGUUGGAGCUUGAAGCAGCUGAAAAAUCGAACUCACACUUGUGCCGAACAGUGGAUGAGCUCAAGGCUGACAUUCACGAGUCCUUUGAGAUAAGGAAAAAUCUAGAAAAGAACGUGCUCAUGCUCUCCGAAAAUAGUUCAACUCAGAAGAAGGAAAUCGAGAGUCUUCAUAAGGCCAAUGAAAAUUUAGAAUCUGAACUCGUUUUCCUUCGUCAAGAAGUGGAAGAAAAUGCAGUUCGAGAACAGACUAUAAGUAACGAGCUCCAGGAAGUAGGCAAUGAAUUUGAACUGUGGGAGGCCGAGGCAUCGACUUUUUGCUUUGAUCUUCAAGUCUCCUCGAUUAAUGAGGUUUUGUUGAAAGAUAAGGUGGAAAAACUUAGUGGCGUGUGCGAGACCCUCGAGCAUGAGCAUGAGGCGAAAAUUUUGGAAAACGAAAGAAUGAAGGAAAAGAUUUGUUCCAUGGAAAAUGAAGUUUGUGGACUGAAGUCCCACUUGCAAUCGUAUGCUCCUGUUAUAGCUUCACUUAGAGAAGAUAUAGCAAUUCUUGAGCAUAACGCCUUACUUCACGUGGAGCUUAAAGAGGCAUAUAGUCAAGAGACAGAGCAUUUUGAGGUUUCACCUCAUCCCAGUCAAGAUGCUUCUCAAAUUCUUCCGGAAGAUCAAUCCCUUCUCAGCUUGCAAAACUUACAGAUGAGAGUGAAAGCAGUUGGAAAGAUGAUUGAAGAAACAUAUAAACCAUCUGUGCAGAGAAUAUCAUAUUCCAACGACUCUCCAAAACCGCAUAGAUCAAAAUCCAAGAGCUCCGAGACCCGAAAUGCAGCAUUCAUGAAAGAUAUUCCUCUCGAUCAAGUCUCUAAUAACAGUUCAAGGCAUGGAACACGGAAGAAAAACAACAGUAAAGCCGGAUCUGAUGAUCCAAUGCUCGAACUGUGGGAAACUGCCGAAGUUGGUAAUAAAUUGAAGAUUCGGGAUGAUUAUUAUAAUAUUAAUAAUACAGUGCAUGAUCAAUUGCUUCCCUUGACCGACUCUGAUGUGGAGAAAGAGUUGACUGUGGCAAGAAAAAUUGAGCCUAAUGACGUAAAAAUCCUCGAACAUCUCGCCUCAGAUUCCCAAAAACUCAAAAUUUUGAGGAGAACACUCGAAAGCUUGAGAAGGAAACUGGAGACGAACAAAAAAUGGCGAAAAGUUAGAAAUGCCGAUUUUCAGAUGGUUCAUGAGCAGUUGCAGGAAGCAGAGGACAGUGUUGUCCACUUGGUGGAUUUGAACGAUCAACUUGUGAAAAACAUUGAAUUUUGUCCGAAAGGUGAAAUAACGGAGGCUCUGACAAUGUGGAGAAUGAAAGUGGUCGAGCAGGCUCAAAAGGGGUCUGAGAGGAUCGAACGUCUGCAGUUGGGGCUUCAGAAAGUUCAUGUGCGCGCAUGCCCGACUUCGGGCAAGCUGCCUGUCGAUGACCCGGCUCGCCAGGUGAAAAACAAUGCAAGUUCGAUGGCGGCAUGGGACCAACUGUCGGGGCCGAACUCAUCGUUCGGCGGCAGACGACUGAGCCAUGGUCGCCGUGGUACGACGGAGGCGAUCAGGAGAGAGGCGCCCCGCAAGGAACACGACCGCGUCCAGCGAGUCCUUCCCUGCGACCACCACGCAAAGCGUUCGGCCCGCGGUGUGCGUGCUCCUCAUGGCCAGGGGCGGCCAGUGCCAGACAGAUUUCCUCCACUGUCGUUGAACGUUGUGAUCUCAGCGUUGCUCCUGUCAUCCGCCUCGGCAUUUGGUUUGAUCGACAUGGUGUAG